UUUACUUUCUCCACCUUCUUAUACCAUCUUCUUGUCCUUUUCCAUUGAAAUGAAGAGAAAAAGAGAAUGGGAAAGAGAGGAGAAGGAUUCUUCCUAAACAGAAUACGGGCUCAUGUAAGAGUCCAACCACCGACGACUACGAACCAUCAUGGCUGCAUCCAAGGGCCACCAAGCUCCUCCACAGAGAUAAAAGGAAGAAGAAUAGUGGUUUUGGUUGAUUCUUGCUCAGAGGCUAAGAAUGCUCUGCUUUGGACUCUCUCCCAUUGCGCUCAGCCUCAAGACUCCAUUCUUCUUCUCCACUUUCGUAAAGCUAAACCCUCUCAAUCAGAUGCUCUAGCUAAUGAAGAAGAGGAAUCUUAUGACAAACACACAUUGUCAAGAGCUUAUCAAAAAGUUUCAGCCUUGAAAAACAUUUGUGAGCUUAAAAGACCUGAGGUAAAGACAGAGAUGGUGGUUGUGGAAGGUGUUGAGAAAGGUCCGGCCAUAGUGAAAGAGGCAAGAGAACGUGGAGCGUCCUUGCUGGUUCUAGGCCAGAAGAAACAGCACACCACGUGGCGGCUACUGAUGAUAUGGGCCUCACAGGCCCGACAAAUGACCAAAAACGACGUCGUAGAAUAUUGCAUUAACAACUCUCCUUGUAUGGCCAUUGCGGUUCGCAAGAGAAGCAAGAAACUUGGUGGAUACACUCUUACAACUAAGCGUCACAAAGAUUUCUGGCUUUUGGCCUGAAUAAUUACUAUUGUUUAUCCACAUAAUAGAUUUUUUUUUUUUUCUGUAAGUCGUAACAUUUACGUUUAAUCAUGGUUGUGGUCCUUGUGGACUUGUUGGGUGCAAUUAUUAUACCAGCUUACU